AUGCCUACUGAAAUCAUGCUCAAAAUAUUUGGAUUACUGUCAGUUCGUGAUUUAGAAAAUGUUUCAUUAGUUUGUCGAUAUUUUAAAAUAAUUGUUGAUCAAGAUACUAUAUGGAAAACAAGAUGCAAUAUAUCAACCAAAUUAAAUUCAAAAUCAUAUAAACAAAUUUAUAUUGAUUGGAUUUUUGAAAAAUAUCUUCGAAAUCAAGAAUUAAAAAGACUUGAGAGAAAAUAUCGAACAAUGAAUAUAUGUUGUGGAUUGAAAUAUUCACCUUCUCGGUAUCUUGUUGGAUCAAAAAGUAAUGAAUCAUUUUUCCCUAUUUUUGGAUUUAAUGAACAUCCAAAUUCAUCAUUAAAUAUGACUAUUCAAUUAUCAGUUGAUAUUGACAAAACUGCUCAUGUAUUAAUAUCAUUAUUAGAAAAAGCUUCAAAUUUUCAGAAAAAAUGGCGUAAAUCAGUGAUAUUACGACAAAUGAUUAGACGAUAUUAUCGAUUUAUGCAAUUAAAAGUUUUAUAUCCUAAAAAAUUUCUUAUUCCAACUAUAGAUAUUGAAAUAGUUUGGCAAACACAUCUUUUAAGACCUUUAAUAUAUCAAAAUGAUUGUCUUCGAUUAUUUCAUCAAAUUAUUGAUCAUUCAUUAUUAUUAAAUCAUACUCAACAAUCUUUUAAAGAACAAGCUUUUUUAGAUACUUUACAUUUAUAUGAAAAACAUUUUCAUGAACCAUAUUGUUCAUUACCAUUAUAUCAAAAUGAAAAAAUAUCUUCAUCUAAAUAUCUUCAUCCUUAUAUUGAAAGAUUUCAACAUUUAAUUCUAAGCUAUUCUUAUUGGGAUGGAACAUAUUUUCAAUUUCGAUCAUAUCCUCUCAAUGAUUAUGAAAAUCCAUUUUCAUUUACAGAAGCUGAUAUUAUUCUUGAUGCUAAUUGGAUAAAUUCAUGCAAAUCUUUUAUGAAUCAUAUCUGUUUGCAGAUGUACAUGGAUUUUUGGAGUUUUAAUCCAUUAAAACCAAUCGAUUUAAACUCAUCAGCAAUGAAACGAUUAAAAAAAUCUUAUGAAAGAUUUUUAUAUAUAACAGCAAAAUAUCCACCAACUCAGCAAUAUGAUCUCAUUCAUCCAACAUAUGCAAUCGAUAUUAUAUGGCAUUGUCAUAUGCAAGAACCUUUAAAAUAUGCUAAUGAUUGUAAUUGUCUUGUUGGUUAUCUUAUUGAUCAUUAUCCAUGGCCAUCAAUUGAUAAAUAUCAAAUAAAACAAUCUUGUCAAAAUCUUUAUCGAUAUUGGAAAAAAGAAUUUCAGAAUGAUAUAUCAAUAGAUCAUUUUGAAUAUGAUUAA